GAUAAAAAACCACCAACUAGCCAGGCGUCUUCCUCCUCCUUUACCACAACCAAACAACCUCCCAAAGAGUCGCUCACCGCCAUACACGACCACCACCACAUCGACCACCACCGCAUCAAAGAGCAACAACAGCAGACAACCUAGCAGAAAAUGUUCCGCCAAAACCCAAACCUAAUCCAACCCCCCCUCACCCCGCUCUCCACCUCCCGCCCCCCUCUCUUCCUCCUCCACGACGGUGGCGGCACCAUCUUUUCCUACUACUGCCUCUCCGACCUUCACCGUCCCGUUUACGGCAUCUUCAACCCUUGCUACUCAUCCAAGGCCACAUUUGAGGGGGGCAUUCCGGAGAUGGCAAAGACUUAUUUGGGGUUUAUUGUCGAGACUUUGUUUGGGGAUGAUCAAUGUGGUGGGAAGGUCAGUAGACCAAAAAGGGAAGCUGGGAAGGAAGGCGAGAGGGAUUUGAUCCUGGGUGGAUGGUCACUUGGUGGUAUGGUGUCGGUGGAAGUAGCCAGGCAGGUUUUGGACUUUAACCUCGCUGAGGCAGAGAAGGAGAAAGCUGGGAAGGGAAAAGCAAGGAAACUAAACGUCCUGGGUAUCGUGAUGAUCGACUCCAUGAACCCCAACCAGCAAUCCUUCCCCAAGGACGCAAAGAUUGCCAACCCCAACGCAACUAUCAUGCAAUGGGGGCCGCACACCAAGCCCGAAACCAAGGAAGCUGUGUUAAGGUGCUUCCAUGAGGCGAGGCGCAUGCUGGGGUUCUGGGAAAUGCCCACUUGGCCGUCUGUCCCCUCUUCUGAGGGUUCCACCCCCAUGGGGCCGCCGCCUGCGGUGCUGUUGAAGGCCAGGGGAAAUGUUCCUCUUCAGCAACCGCAGGAGGAUGAAGAAGAGGUGUCCAGGACGGAUGUGCAUAGGGGAGAUGAAAAGCUAGGGUGGGGGAGGUAUGAUGAGGGGAUGGUGAGGAAGGUUAUUGAAGUGGAAGGGAACCAUUUCAAUUUGUUUACGGAGGAGAAGAGGGCUGAGAUUGUGUCGAGGGGGGUGAGGGAGGGAUGUGAACUCCUGGAGGGGUUGUGGAGGCAGAGGAGGGGGGAGUGA